AUGCAGUAUCUUUGGAAGAUAAUAUUUAUUAUCUCAAAGAGAACACUUGCAAUCAUUUUCUUCAUAGAAUUAGUUAUUGGAGUUACAGGAAAUGGUUUCGUGGCCCUGAUAUACUGUAUGGACUGGGUUAAGAGAAAGAGAAUGUCAUUAGUUAAUCAAAUUCUCAUUGCUUUGUCAAUCUUCAGAAUUGUUUAUCUAUGUUCAUUGUUUAUAAGUUUAUUCAUCUCUUUUUCAUAUCUAGAUUUAAGUACAACUUCAGGAGUGAUACAUGUCAUUAAUAAUGUUUGGAUUAUAGUCAACCAUUUCUGCAUCUGGCUUGUUACAUGCCUCAGUGUCCUUUAUUUUCUCAAGAUAUCCAAUUUUUCUAACUCUCUUUUUCUUUAUCUAAAGUGGAGAGUAGAAAAAGUAGUUUCAGUUAAAUUGCUAGUGUCACUGGUCCUCCUGAUUUUAAAUAUUUUACUCAUGAACUUGGAAAUUAACAUAUGCAUAAAUGAAUGUCAAAGAAACAUUUCUUGCAGUUUUGUUUCUUAUUACCAAGCAAGAUGUCACAGGCAAGUGUUAAGCGUUCACAUUUUUUUCCUGUCUGUCCCCUUUGUUUUGUCCCUGACAACUUUUCUCCUUCUCAUUUUCUCCCUAUGGACACAUCACAAGAGGAUGCAGCAGCAUGUUCAAGGAUGCAGAGAUGCCAGAACCAUGGCCCACUUCAAAGCCUUGAAAACUGUGAUUGCCUUUCUCCUGCUACAUUCCAUUUUUAUUCUGUCCAUCUUAAUUCAAAUUUGGAACUAUGAAUUAGUAACGAAACCUCAUUUUAUUGUAUUUUGUCUGGUUGUACAUGCAGCUUUUCCUUCAUUCCAUUCAUAUGUCUUGAUUGUGGGUGACAUGAAGCUGAGACAGGCCUGUCUUUCUGUAUUGUGGUGGCUAAAAUGCAGGCAAAAUUAUACAGAAACUUCAGAUGUCUAA